CAUUGUCGGUGUUAGCGGCAGCUACCCUGGAGCGCGUUUGUGGGGUACAUAAAUUGACAUGAUGGAAGAAACAAAAGAAGAGAUGUCACCGACAGGCAGCACUUUGGGCCGGCAGUGCAUGUUCAUUCCCACCCACCACCGUCUUUUUCGUUGAUGCCUGGCUUUUCGCUGCCGUGGUCGCGCGACGUCAACGACGACGACGAGUCGUCGCCUUGGGAAAGAGGCGUACCGACGCCGCGCUCAACAGUCGGUUUUUUCUACCCACCACCUUCAUCUUCUAUCCCACCGGUACCGACAGACCUACCCAACAAUACUAAUACAAUAUCUUCUUCUAAUAACGUCCAUGCCGACGCCCACGCUCCUUCACUUCCCCGUAAUUCAACUCUCCGAGUGCAUGAAAAGGCUGCGCAGACAUGCAUUCUUCUUCUAUUCUUUCUGCCCCUCCCACCGCUGUUUUCUACUAUAUAUGCAGCUCUGGGAGGGGCUAUUCUCGGUGGGCACGUCCCAGUCAGGUCUUUCGCAGAGGCAGGAGCGACUGGGGGCACUAUACUAGCACUACCACUGGCGCUCGCGAUUUGGAUACUGCUCGCUCCAGAGAAGCAAUCCCCCAGAGAGGAUUUCUUCGAUGACGACGAGCCUCAGACGUGGUGGACUCGUUGGGGAAAAUUCGUGCUGUGCGGGUUUAUACUAGUCUUUGUCGGCGUUGCCACUUCCUCUGGGCGCCGUUUUGCAUCCCGGAAGAGGAUAACAGAGACUUGGAAGCAGGCAAAGCAGCAUUGGCCGCGCUGGUCGGUGGGAUCGUUUUCUGUAGUGCUUUGGGGGUUAUCUUUGCUUUGGGGGUUUUGUCGUAUUGGCAAUACGCGAGGAGAAGAAAAUGAGCGCUCAGAUUCAGCCAUUCUUUAUUGUUGUAAUCUAUUCGUACAUAUUUAGAGGGAUCUGUAUUUGCUGCUGUUGUUGUAUUGUGGACACUGCUAUUUGCUUUGCGUUGACUCCUUGAAACGUGAACCAUACAUGUCGGCAUUUCUCUGUGAAGGGCCGGGGACUGAAACAAUUUUUUCGCAAAAUGAUCUGCUGCCUGUCGAAUUCGACCCGGGCCCCCA